AUGUUUCUUACACGACGUAUCGCUCGAAAACUUGGCGAAAUCAUCGAGCGCGCUCCCGAACCGCUGACAAAACUCACUGAAAGCGAAACAUUUUUCAAAGAGACAGUCCGUAAAUUUGCGUCAAAUGUGGUGCAGCCAAGAAUCCGCGAAAUGGAUAAAAACUCAAAAAUGAGUCAAGUGGUUAUUGAUGGUGUAUUUGAAAAUGGGGUAAGACUAGACUUAUUUUCCAGCUAUAGAAAAAAUCUCUGAAAUCUUCCAGCUAAUGGGAGUUCACGUGCCUGAAGUCUACGGUGGCUCAGGCUCCACAUUCUUCGACGCAAUGUUGAUAAUUGAAGAGUUAGCCAAAGUCGAUCCAGCUGUCAGUGCGAUGGUCGCAAUUCACAAUACCCUUCCGGUUUCAAUGAUUUUGGAUCACGGUAAUGAGGAACAGAAAUUGGAGUAUUUACCCAAAUUGUGUCAGGGCACUUUGGGAAGUUUUGCGAUCUCUGAAGCUGAAGCUGGAUCGGAUGCUUUUGCGUUGAAAACUAUUGCGAAGAAGGAUGGAGAUCAUUAUAUAAUCAAUGGUGAGUGAAGGGGGUUUUAAAGGCGCACACACUUUGUUGUCUAGCCAUACAUGAACUAGGACUCUGAAUUCGGAGGUAGGGCCCUUAACUUUUGAAAAUUUUGAAGAAUUUUAUGGCUUUAGAGGCCAAAAACCCACAAAUAGUUGGUUAGGGGGCGUUAACUUUUUGAAAAUAUUUCCUGGAAGGGGGGGGGGGUUAACUCAAGGGUCCCCUGUCUAGCUAGAGGGUCUUGGACCCCUUUGUUCCGUAUAUCAAAAAUGAUAUAUUUCCAGGUUCAAAAUCAUGGAUAACAAAUUCCUCCGAAGCUGGAGUUUUCGUGGUUUUCGCAAAUAUCGAUCCAUCUCUCGGCUAUAAAGGAAUCACAUGUUUCAUUGUUGAUCGAAAUCAGGAGGGCGUGUCGGUUGGAAAAGAGGAAGACAAAUUGGGAAUUCGCGCAAGUUCCACGUGUCAGGUGCAUUUUGAUAAUGUGAGAGUUGAGGAAUCGAAGGUUUUGGGAGAGUUGGGGAAAGGUGAGUAA